GCCUUUUUUUUUGGUAUCUUCACCCACCGGGUUUGGUGAAGGAACCUCAUUGGAAACUCCUUUUUUUAGCCUUUUGAGCAUCAUCAGCAAACAAAAGCAGCAACUAGCAAAAACAAAACAAGAAAGAAGAUAAGCAAAGCAAAAGGAAACACUUUUCACAUACACAGCCUUUGCUCUCUUUUUUUCCUCUCGUGGACGAAGACGCUGUUGUUGGAAAAACAAUCGCCCAAGCAGCUCGACACAACCGCCCACACUUGUGAAGUGAAAGAGGAAUUGGGCUUUCCGGAGAAAAAGAGACGAAUCGGAAAGCGGACCAAAGAAAAAAAAAAAGGGUUUUGAACAUCCGACGCCAUGGCGUCGCUAUCGCUCAAGAUCAGCAUCGUCGAGAAGGAUGUGGUCAAGACGAUGCAGUUCGACCCCAACACGGCCGUCUACGAUGCCUGCCGCGUUAUCCGCGACAAGAUCACCGAGGCCAAUCUCGGGCAGCCCAAAGAUUAUGGACUUUUCCUCGCUGAUGAAGAUCCCAAGAAAGGCAUUUGGUUAGAACCUGGACGUAACCUGGGCUAUUAUGUUUUACGCACUGGGGAUUUGCUCGAGUACCGCCGUAAGAUGAGGACGCUCAAAGUCCGCAUGUUGGACGGCACAGUCAAGACGAUGUUGGUGGACGACAGUCAGCCCGUCACCAACUUGAUGGUGGUCAUUUGCACAAAAAUUGGGAUCACCAAUCACGACGAGUACUCGCUGGUGCGUGAAAACCAAGAGGAGGAAGCGGAAAACAAACCCAAUUUUGGAACGCUGACCCUCCGGCGUAAGAAGGAGGAGAAGGAGCGCGAUCAGAAGAUGGAACAACUCAAGAAGAAAAUCAAAACCGACGACGAACUGAAUUGGGUGGACCACUCGAAGACGCUACGUGAGCAAGGCAUCGACGAGAGCGAGACGGUGUUGCUGCGCCGCAAGUACUUCUUCUCGGACGGGAACGUGGAUUCGCGCGACCCCGUCCAGCUCAACUUGCUCUUCGUCCAGGCGCGUGACUCGAUUCUCAAUGGGACCCAUCCCGUCACGCUGGACAAGGCCUGCGAGUUUGCCGGCAUCCAGUGCCAGGCCCAAUUUGGCGACUACGUCGAAGCCAAGCACAAACCCGGCUUUUUAGAUUUGAAAGAGUUUCUGCCACAAUCGUACAUGAAAGUCAAAGGCGUCGAGAAAAAGAUUUUUGGCGAACACAAGAAACACAAUGGAUUGACGGAGAUCGAAGCCAAAGUGGCCUACGUCAAGACGGCCCGCUCCCUGAGCACUUACGGUGUCACUUUCUUCCUGGUCAAGGAAAAAAUGAAGGGCAAAAACAAACUGGCCCCGCGCCUGCUGGGCGUGACGAAAGACUCUGUCCUGCGCCUCGACGAACGAACCAAAGAGAUUCUGAAGGUCUGGCCGUUGACGACGGUACGUCGAUGGGCCGCCUCGCCCAAUACCUUCACCCUCGAUUUUGGCGAUUACUCGGAUCAGUACUAUUCGGUUCAGACGACAGAAGGCGAGCAAAUCUCGCAGCUUAUUGCCGGCUACAUCGACAUUAUCCUCAAAAAGAAACAAGCCAAAGACCAUUUCGGCAUCGAAGGAGAUGAAGGAUCAAACAUUGUCGAAGACAGCGUCUCCCCCUUCAAGGCGACAAUAGUCCAACAUACAGCCGGUUCCGGCAUUAAGAGCGGCAAAGUGCAGACGGAAUCCGUGGCCAAACCUGCCAUUGUUCGAGCUGCUGAUGUGCCCCAAAAAUACGAUGUCGGGCAGACACAGUCGCCCCAAUUGCCCACAUUGCAAGGCCUGGCUACCGUUGCUCACGCACCACCUACGGUCCAGCAGCCCAAGGUGACGAGCGUGCUGACGGAACCCCAACGGGCGCUCAUCAGCACCAUCAGCGAGGGUCAAAAGGCCGUCGAACAGGCCGAACACAUUCUCGAUACGAAACUGCAAGUGCCUGACUUGGGAAGUGAUCCAGCCUCCCUGAAGUGGAAACAAAAUCAACUGGACACGAACAAGCAAAAUGUCUCGUCGCAGAUUGCCGCCAUGAACGCGGCAACGGCCAGCGUCAUUACACUCACGUCGGGUCCACCGGAGGACGUCGAUCACCAGGCCGUCGGGGCGGCCAUUUCGACGAUUUCUUCCAACUUGCCGGAAAUGGCCAAGGGAGUCAAGCUCAUUGCGGCUUUGAUGGAAGACGAGCACGACGACCGUCUCUUGGACGCCACCCGGCGACUCUGCUCGGCUUUCUCCGACCUGCUAGAUGCCGCUAAGCCAGAGAACAACAAUAUGCGACAAAACUUGCUGUCUGCUGCAUCUAAAGUGGGCGAAACAACGUACGACUUGCUGAAACAGCUGGGCGAGGCUGAUAAUUCGAGCCGAGAACUCCAGGACAUGCUCCUCGGAUUGGCCAAAGCCGUGGCCAACACGACGGCCGCUUUGGUUUUGAACGCAAAAGCCGUUGCGGCUGCCUGCCCGGACGAAACGGAACGCCAGCAGGUGAUUGCCGCAGCGACACAAUGCGCUCUGGCCACGUCGCAGUUAGUGGCCUGCGCCAAAGUCGUGGCGCCCACGAUUAGCGAUCCGGCCUGUCAACAGCAUCUGAUCGACGCGGCCCGCGAAGUGGCCCGUGCCGUCGAAGGCAUUUUAGGUCUUUGUCAGCAAACGUGUCGCGACGAGAAGUUAAUUACGAACUUGAGAAAAGCAGCCGGAGAUGUCGCUUCGGCUCUCAAUGAUUUGUUGGCCCACAUCAAAGAAGGAACAGGCCGCAAUCGAGCCACGGAAAGCGUUCACGAAGGAGCUGUUGAUAACAUUUUGGCCGCUUCGGAUCGGCUCUUUGCCGCCCAGGGUGAUGGUGCUGAAAUGGUGCGCCAGGCACGCGUUCUUGCCCAGGCUACAGCCCAACUUAUUCAAGCUAUUAAAGGAGAAGCGGAAGCUCUACCCGAUUCCGAAUUGCAACAGAGACUGUUGGCUGCUGCCCGUUCCCUGGCCGAGGCUACGGCUCGGAUGGUGGAGGCAGCAAAAGCCUGCGCCAGCAGCCCGAAUGAUGCGAGCCAACAACAGAAACUGCGUCAAGCGGCUGAAGAGCUCCGUGGCACUGCCCAAGCCGCCGCCGGUGACGCCAUCAAGAAGAAAGUCAUUAAGCGUUUGGAAACGGCCGCCAAACACGCUGCCGCGACGGCCACGCAGUCGAUCGCCGCCGCACAAGCUGCCGGACCGCACAACUCGAAUCCGACGAGCCAAGAUCAAUUGCUGGCCGCGUGCAAAGCCGUCGCCGAUCAGAUCGCCAAAUUGGUCCAGGGAGUCAAGAGCACUCUGGCCAAUCCGGAAUCGCCAGCGUCUCAAUUGGCUCUUAUCAGCGCUAGUGAAGAGUUUAUUCAAAGUGGAAAUCCAAUGGUUGCAGCGGCUAAAACGGCCCUACCAACUGUCAAUGAUCCGUCGUCUUCAAUGCAGUUGAACAACAGUUCCAAACAAUUUUCGACGGCCCUGACGGAUCUACGGACGGCUGUCACUAAAGCCCGCGAUACUUGCGGUCCACUUGAACUCGAUUCAGCACUGGACAUGCUUUAUGGCCUCAAAGAGGAACUGGAUGCCUUCAGCACAGCCGUUAAUGCCUCCGACUUGAAACCGUUGCCGGGCGAAACGGCUGAAAGCACUGCCCAGCAGUUUAGCGCCACUUCUAAAGCCGUCGGUUCCAAUAUGGCACAACUGCUGACGGCUGUCAAUCAAGGCGAUGAGAAACAUACGGGCAUGGCGGCCCGCAGCACGGCCGUCGCCCUCCAAGAUUUAACUGAUGCCGUUCGCGGAGUGGCGGCCACUUCGGACCAACCGGAACAGCAACAUAAAAUAAUUGACAGCGCUAAAGAAGUAGUUGAACAAGCCAUCACUUUGAUUGAGGAGGCAAGAUCGGCCGCAACCAAUCCGCAAGAUGUGGCCACUCAACAGCGCGUCACUCAGAUUGCCCGCGAUGUAUCGCAAUCGCUCAGCAAAUGUGCCGGAUGCUUACCUGGACAGAAGGAUGUUGACGAAGCCAUCCAUUCUAUUAACUCGGCUUCCGAGAUGUUGAAUGGUGAACGGUAUCCCCGUAGUGACAAAUCAUAUCACGAAUUGCAAACGAUGCUGGGCUCGGCCGCGGCUGAUUUGAACGAUGCCGCUGGUGAAGUGGUUGGAACGGCCCGAGAAUCGCCCACACGCUUGGCCUGGGCAUCCAAAACGUAUAGCACUUCGUUCUGCUACAUGAUGAACGUCGGCAUGGAAAUGGCUGGCCAAACCAAAGACACGGAAACGCGAUCGCAAAUGAUUGUCUCCCUCAAGAAUAUAACCCUCGUUUCCGGCAAAUUGCUGACGGUCGCCAAGACGGCCAACGCCGACCCGUCCGCCCCCAACGCCAAGAACAAUUUGACGGCCGCAGCCCGAGCCGUUACCGAAGCCAUCAACGGCCUCGUCGAUGUUUGCACGGCCAGCGCUCCGGGACAGAAGGAGUGUGACAACGCUGUCCGCGCCAUCCAGUCCACCCGCUCGCUUCUGGAGAAGCCCAACGAGCCAGUCAACGACAUGUCGUAUUUCGAAUGCCUGGAAACGGUCAUGGAGAAAUCCAAGAGCCUGGGCGACGGCAUGACAGGUAUCGCCAACAACGCCAAGAAAUCGGAGCACGAACCCUUCGGCGAAGCUGUCAAGGACGUGUCCAACGCCAUCACUGGGCUGGUCGAAGCUGCAGCCCAAGCCGCUUACCUGGUCGGUGUCUCUGAUCCUUCCAGCGUGGCCGGCAGAUCCGGUCUGGUCGAUCAGGCCGCCUUUGCCAGAGCAUCGCAGGCCAUUCAAUCAGCUUGCCAAGCAUUGUCCAGCCCGAAAAGCACACAACAACAAGUGCUGUCGGCCGCUACGGUCAUUGCCAAGCACACGAGCUCCCUGUGCAACGCGUGCAGGGUGGCUUCGUCCAAGACGACCAACCCGGUGGCCAAGCGGCACUUUGUUCAAUCGGCUAAGGAUGUUGCCAAUUCGACUGCCAAGUUGGUUAAGGAAAUCAAGGCUCUGGAUCAAGACUACAGCCAGCGUAAUCGCGAUAAUUGCGCCGCCGCAACACAGCCCCUCAUUGAAGCCGUUGAGAAUUUGUGCACGUUCGCCAAUUCGCCUGAUUUUGCUUCCAUCCCGGCUAAAAUUUCACCGACUGCUCGGCAGUCUCAAGAACCCAUUACAUCCGCUGGCAAAUCAAUUAUUGAUGGCUCGUGCUCAAUGAUUUCGGCCGCCAAGUCUCUGGCUCUGAAUCCCAAAGAUCCGCCCACAUGGCAAGCUUUGGCCAAUCACAGCAAGAGCGUAUCUGAUUCCAUUAAGAAACUUGUAUCGUCCAUCCGUGACAAGGCUCCAGGACAAAGAGAGUGCGAUGAUGUUAUCUCGAUCAUGUCGAAUUGCGUCCGCCAGUUAGAUCAAGCUUCGCUUUCGGCUAUUUCGCAGAACCUGAGCCCACGUCGCGAAAAAUCUGCCCAAGCCUUUGCGGAGCAGACCACCAACUGCGCGAUGGAAAUCGCCGAUCGCAUCGACAGCGUCCGCUCGGCCGCCAAAGGAGAAGCCGAAAAGCUCGGGCACGCCGUGACACAAAUAUCCCAUUAUUUUGAGCCAAUGGUGGUGGCCGCCACGGGAUCCGCUUCCUAUCUGCUUAACUCUAAACAGCAAAUGAUGAUGCUCGAUCAAUCCAAGACGGUCACUGAAUGCGCCAUCCAACUGGUCCUUGUUGCCAAAGAAGCCGGAGGAAACCCCAAGGCUGUUCAAGUCCAUACGGAUCUGGACGAAUCAGCCGAGGCCAUGAAAGAAGCCCUGCGAGACUUGUUGUCGACGGUCGAAACGGUUGCUACAGAAGCCGGUGUUGUAUCUGGCCUUGUCGAUUCAAUUACAGCAUCCAUGAACCAGAUGGAAAACAGAGCACAGACGGCGUCUGCUGGGGAUGAUAGUGACAGUUCGAGUUUCGUUGAUUACCAAACACGGAUGGUGCAAGCAACAAAGGAGAUUGCUCGAUUAUCACAGGAUAUGGUUGCUAAAUCUGGUUCAGACAAUGUGAGCCAGUUGGGUCAACUCGGUGCUUCCAUUACCCAUCUGUACACACAACUGGCUACAGACACCCAAGGUGCUGUGGCUAAAACUUCGAGUGUUGAAAUCGCAAUGCGAAUUAAAUCGACUGUUCACGAUCUUGGUCGCACCUGCAUCGAUUUGGUUAAAGCUGGUGGGGCAAGACAGGGCGCUCCUGACGACGUCUUUACCCAGCGUGAUCUUUCCGAUGCUGCACGUCUAGUUGGAGAAAAGGCAUCGCAAGUAUUAGCCGCUUUACAGGCCAGCUCCCGCGGAACACAAGCGUGUAUUAAUGCUGCCAGUACAGUGUCCGGUAUCAUUGGCGAUUUGGACACUACCAUUCUUUUUGCUACAGCUGGCACUCUGCACGCGGAGAACGAGGAUGAGACGUUCGCUGACCAUCGCGAGAACAUUCUGAAAACGGCCAAGGCUUUGGUGGAAGAUACGAAAACGCUGGUGGCCGGCGCUGCUUCUUCCCAAGAACAGUUGGCCGUGGCAGCUCAAAAUGCUGUCGCUACCAUUGUCCAGCUGUCGGAUGUCGUCAAACUGGGUGCUGCAUCCCUUGGCUCCAACAAUCCUGAAGCCCAGGUUAUGUUGAUCAACUCUGUCAAAGACGUGGCCUCCGCUCUGGGUGACCUUAUCCACGCCACCAAAUCAGCUUCGGGCAAGAGCAUCAACGAUCCCGCCAUGAUCUACUUGAAAGACUCUGCAAAGGUUAUGGUGACGAACGUGACAUCACUGCUCAAAACGGUGAAAGCGGUCGAAGACGAGCACACCAGAGGAACUCGGGCUCUCGAAUCGACCAUCGAAGCCAUCGCGCAGGAAAUUCGGGCGUUCGAUUCGCCGGAAGUGCCACGUGUCAAAUACACGCCGGAAGAUUUAGUUCGAGUCACGAAACCCAUCACGUUGGCAACGGCCAAGGCGGUUGCGGCGGGUAACAGCUGUUUCCAGGACGACGUUAUUGUAGCUGCCAAUGUCGGUCGCAAGGCAAUUUCUGACAUGUUAACCACUUGCAAAGGCGCUGCUUACACGGCGGAGACGAACGAAAACCGCGCCAAGACGCUACAGGCCGGCCGCGAGACGGCUCUGCAGUACCGCGAAUUGCUGCAACUCGUGCUUCACGUGCUGUCGCGACCUAAUCCAGCGGCCAACAUCGAAAUCAAGAACAACUUCCCCAUCGUCUCCCGCAAAAUCGCCCAAUGCGUCACUGGUCUUGUUUCGAUGGCCGAAAUCCUCAAAGGAACGGAUUGGGAAGAUCCCGAAGACCCUACUGUCAUUGCCGAAAACGAGCUGUUGGGUGCGGCUUCUUCUAUAGAUGCUGCCGCCAAGAAGUUGGCCAACUUACGUCCUCGCAUCAGUUCUACAAAAGAAACGGAUGAAAGUCUGAGCUUCGAUGAGAUGAUUCUUGAAGCCGCAAAAUCGAUUGCCGCCGCAACGUCAGCACUCGUCAAGGCCGCUUCGGCUGCACAGCGUGAAUUGAUUGACAUUGGCAAGAUCAGCCGCCGUCCGCAAUCGGAUUCGGAUGACGGCCAAUGGUCGGAAGGUUUGGUUUCUGCCGCGCGUCUUGUGGCCGCUGCGACGCACAGCUUGGUCGAGUCGGCCAACGCGCUGGUCCAGGGCCAGUCGUCGGAAGACAAGCUGAUUUCCGCCGCCAAGCAAGUGGCAAGUUCAACUGCCCAGCUUUUGGUGGCCUGCAAAGUCAAGGCCGACCCCGACAGUCCGUCGACACAACGCCUUCAAGCGGCCGGUAACGCCGUGAAACGGGCCACAGACAAUUUGGUCAAGGCUGCCCAGCAAGCCAUCGCCCAAGAAGAAGAGCGCAGUCUGGUGGUCAAUCGAAGAAUGGUGGGUGGAAUAGCGCAGGAGAUUGACGCUCGUUCUGAGGUACUGCGAAUCGAACGUGAACUGGAGGAAGCUCGCAGUCGACUGACUGCCAUCCGACGAGCCAAAUAUCGCGGUGAGGGCGAUUCGGACGCAGAAGGUUACAUGUCCGGCUACGAUUCAUCAAUGGAGACAUCAGGCUAUCGAACAAAUAUGAAUGGAUCCGAUAUUGAACGCAGUCCUGCUCCACCUGUUCAACAAACCCUGUCGUCGUUUCAAGCUGAAAGCAGAGUCCGUCAGGUCUAUCAGGGUCAACAGUCGAACAGUCCACAACAGCAGAUGUUUCACCUCCAACGUGAUCAACGAUCUGUUUCACCUGUGCCUCCACCAAAGAAGCAACCACCUGCUACACCACCACGCUUAUCUUCUACCCAAAAACCGCAACAACAACAGCAGCGCGACAACGAGUCCCCUCUAAUGAUUCUGCAACGCCAGCGCCACUUACUGGAAUCGACGGCAAAUAGCGCCAAUAAUUCUAUGAUAGAAGAUCACACACCUUCGUUUUCCGAAUCGAGACAAAGAUUCAACAACAGUAGCACUUUUAAUUCAUCAGUAUCAAUGUCAAGUUUUCAAAGUCCUGCCCAUGUACAACAUGGUGCGUCUGCCGGUGGAGAUGCGUCUUAUUACUCGGCUACAUCCAGCGUUCGCAGCAGCACGGAGCAAAUUCAUCACAGCCAGGUGACAACACAGCGAACCGAGAGGGUGAGCAUGUCCUCUACGAGCAAAGUCUAUCAACAAUUGGAAAAAAAAUAGAUAAAAUCUAGACGCCUUAGUGGAAAAGACGAAAUGCACAAGAAACAAUAUUGGUGCUAAGUUCAUUAGUUAACCUUGGCCUCAUUAGAUUCGCGGCCUUUUGUUACAUUUUUAUAUUUCUCUAUCUUGAUUUUUUUCUUUUGCACCCAUCCGCAGUUGUCCGGCUUUGAUCAGUAAUGUGCCUUUUUGCAUAACACAAUCACAAAAGAUUAAUAUCUUAGUUGCAAGUACAUAAAAUGUUACGCAUUUGUUUACAUAGGGGAGUUAAGGUCUCGAAAUAAAAGAGAAAAGAAAACUUACAAUUAUAAUGGAUAGCUUAAAUCGACGUGUGCGUGUAUCUAAUGGGUCACAUCUUUCUAACUUGCCUCGCCACAUUGUUCCCACUGUAUACUACUUCCAAUCGGUCGCUGUUACUUCUGCCCCUUUUUCGCCUUUUUCAGAACAAAGUGCCAAAUAAGACGCCCUUCCUCUCCAACAUUUAUGAAACAAAUUUUCCCCUUUUCUAGAAACAAGAUUUUGCAUUUUCCUUGUUAUCAAUAUUCUUCAGUUUCCUCUAUAUAUAUAAUCAGUCUCCCUAAUACACUAUCAGUAACUUA